CACCAGGUCCCCUCUGAACAGCCCUGGUACACUGGGAUCCACCUGCAGUCCAACAUCAAUAAUCAGCCCCAAGAGACUCGCAGGGCAGGGAGCUGAUGCAGGAUGCUGCGCUACUAUGCUCUGCUUUGGGGGUUUCUGGCCCCUUCACUUCAAGCGGAAUGGAAGCGCCCGCUCAUCAGGUCCAACUCGGUGGCGGUGGCGGGCAACGAGGUGGUGGUGCCGCCCGGCACCCCCCUGAUCCUGAGCUGCGAGGGGGACGGCCCGGUCGUCUGGACCCCCAGGCUGCCCAAGCACCGCCGCUUCGUGUCCCGGGGGGCGGGACGCGUCCGCACCUUCAGGGUGGACCGGCCGUCCGCCGAGUUCACCGGCACGUACCAGUGCAAGUACGCACACCGGAACCAGAACGCGCCGGGCGGGGCGGCCGUGGCCUGGGUGCACGUGUAUGUGAAGGACCCAGACCGCCUGUUCUGGACCAGCAGCUCCCAGCUCCGGGUGGUGAGGAAGGAGGGGGAGGAGUGCCUGCUGCCCUGCCUGCUGACCGACCCUUCAGCCACUCACAUGGGGCUCCGCAUGGACAACGGCACCACUCUGCCCCCAGGCAUGAACUUCACGGCCUUCCCCCACAAGGGCAUCCUCAUCCACAGCCUCCACCCCAGCUUUAACGCCGACUACGUCUGCACCGCCAGAGUCGGGGGCGUGGAGAAGGUGUCCAAGGCCUUCUCCAUCAACAUCAUUCAGAAGCUUCGAUUCCCGCCCUAUGUGUUUCUGGAUAAGGAUGAAUACGUCCGCAUCGUUGGGGAAGACCUCAAGAUCCACUGCACCACACACAAUCCCAACUUCAACUACAUCGUCACCUGGAAGCAUCCCAGCACGAUGAGAACAACCGUCAAGGAGGAUGCUCGCUCCAACGGAGAGAACCGCCUGGACAUAGAGAGCAUUCUGACCGCUAAGUCCCUGAGCCCAAACGACGCAGGGAACAUCACCUGCAUUGGCACCAACGAAGCUGGGGUGAACAGCUCCACCACAUACCUGCGCGUCAUCGACCAGCCCUACAUCCGGAUGUCCCCCCAGCUGUCCCCACGGCUCGCCCACAAGGGCCUCUCGGUCCAGGUGAACGAGGGAGAGGACCUGGAGCUCAGUGUGGUCAUCGAGGCCUAUCCCCGCAUCUCUGAGCACCGCUGGGACACCCCAACGUCCCCCAACGCCUCCACGCAGGACCAGAAGUUCACCAGAUACAACAACAGGUACCAUGCUGCUCUUUUGCUCAAGAGAAUUAAUGCCCAGGAACAAGGCCAGUACACCUUCCACGCCAAGAGCCACAUGACCAAUGCAUCCAUCACCUUCCAGGUCCAAAUGUACCAAAGACCCGUAGCUGUGGUGAGGUGGGAGAACAUCACCACCCUCACCUGCACCUCGUUCGGCUACCCGGCUCCCAGGAUCCUCUGGUACCAGUGUUUUGGGAUUAGACCCCGAUGCAACGAGAACACCACGGGGAUGCAGCUGCCGGUGUCCCUGCUGGCCCCCACGGUGGAGGUCCAGCGGGAGUACGGUGCGGUGGAGGUGGAGAGCGUCCUGACCGUGGGGCCCUCCACCCGCAGGAUGACCGUGGAGUGCGUGGCCUUCAACCUGGUGGGCGUCAGCAGCGACACACUGGCCAUGGAGGUGUCCGAUAAACUGUUCACCUCCACCCUGGCCGGGUCAGCAGGCAUUCUGGCAGUCCUCCUGGCUCUUCUGGUGUUUCUGCUGUACAAAUACAAACAGACACCAAGAUAUGAGAUACGGUGGAAGAUCAUCGAAGCUAAGGACGGGAACAUCUACACCUUUAUUGACCCCACUCAGCUGCCGUACAACGAGAAGUGGGAGUUUCCCAGGGACAAGCUGAAGCUAGGGAAGAUCUUAGGGGCCGGAGCCUUCGGGAAGGUGGUGGAGGCCACCGCCUAUGGGCUCGGAGAGGAGGACAACGUGAUACGAGUGGCUGUAAAGAUGCUGAAAGCCAGUGCCCACGCAGACGAGCGGGAGGCUCUGAUGUCCGAGCUGAAGAUCCUGAGCCACCUGGGCCGGCACAAGAACAUCGUCAACCUUCUGGGAGCCUGUACUCAUGGAGGACCGGUGCUGGUGAUCACAGAGUACUGUAGCCAUGGCGACCUGCUAAACUUCCUUCGUCAGAGGGCGGAGACGUUCCUGAAUUUUGUGAUGAGCGUUCCCGAGGUGUUCGAGGAGAACGUAGACUACAAGAACAUCAGACAACCGAAACAGUUCAUUCGAAGUGACAGUGGCAUUUCCAGCCAAUCAUCUAUCAGCUACUUGGAGAUGAGACCCGCCUUCCCUCCGGUCAGAUGCCCUCACGCCUCUGUAUCAGAGGAGGGAAGUCGCUGGCCGUUGGACAUUGAGGACCUGCUGAUGUUCUCCUACCAGGUCGCUCAGGGACUGGACUUCCUGGCGGCUAAGAAUUGCAUCCACAGAGACGUGGCCGCCAGGAACGUGCUCCUGACAGACCGCGGCGAGGCCAAGAUCUGUGACUUCGGCCUGGCCCGUGACAUCGUGAAGGACUCCAACUACGUGGUGAAGGGCAAUGCCCGUCUGCCCGUGAAGUGGAUGGCGCCCGAGAGCAUCUUCGAGGCCAUGUACACCGCCCAGAGCGACGUGUGGUCCUACGGGAUCCUCCUGUGGGAGAUCUUCUCUCUCGGUAUGAGCCCCUACCCAAGCAUGGCGGUGGACUCCAGGUUCUACAAGAUGGUGAAGGGAGGCUACCAGAUGGCCCGGCCAGACUUUGCACCUCCAGAAAUCUACUCAAUCAUGAAGAUGUGCUGGAACCUGGAGCCCACGGAGAGGCCAACCUUCGGCCAGAUCACCCAGAUCCUCCAGAGAUUCCUGGGGGACCCUCAGGAGCCGGAUCAGGCUGGGUACCAGAACAUGGAGGACGCCCCGGGGGACGGGCCGGACUGCGACCAGGAGGAGCCCCUGCCCUGCCCGCUCGGCCCCUGUGACCAGGCAUGUGACCAGCAGGAAGAGGCCCAGCCUUUGAUGAAGGCCAAUAACUACCAGUUCUGUUGA